UGGGCGCGCGGGGAGCAGCGCAGCGCUGCGCCCAUGGCGGCCGGGCCCGGCGCCGCGCUCUGCCGCCUGCAGUACCUGGACGACAGCGACCCCUUCUCGUGCGCCAGCUUCCCGGAGCCGCGCCGCGCGCCCGUCCACCCGCUGCCGGAGGCGCUGCCGCUGGGCGCGCAGCUGCCCGCCCUGCACCGCCUGCUGGGCGCGCCCCUGCCGCUGGCGGACUGUACGCUGCAGGUCUCACCAUCUGGACAGUACCUGGAUCUUGAUCUGUCCCUGCUGGAGCAGAAAGAUGAGCUGGAAGGAUUCUACGAGGAGAUCAGCAAAGGGCGGCGGCCAACUCUGAUCCUGCGCACGCAGCUCUCCGUCCGAGUCCAUGCCAUCCUCGAGAAGCUGUACAACUCCCAAGGGCCGGAGCUGAGGCGCUCCCUCUUCUCCCUCAAGCAGCUCUUUCAGGAGGAUAAAGACCUGGUGCCAGAGUUCGUGAACUUGGAGGGGCUGAUAUGCUUGAUCAAAGUGGGAGCCGAGGCCGACCAGAACUACCAGAACUACAUCCUGCGAGCGCUGAGCCAGAUAAUGUUGUUCGUGGACGGGAUGUUGGGCGUGAUCGCGCACAACGAGACCGUGCAGUGGCUCUACACGCUCUGCGGGAGCAUGUACCGCCUGGUGGUGAAAAUGGCGCUGAAGCUGCUGCUGGUGUUUGUGGAGUACACGGAGUCCAAUGCCCAGCUCCUCAUCCAGGCUGUCAACACGGUGGAGCAGGCUAGAGGUGCGUAUCCAUGGUCCAACCUGGUUGCAAUCUUAGAGGAGCGCAAUGGGGCUGACACAGAGCUGCUGGUGUUUGCGAUGACACUUAUCAACAAGACGCUGGCGGCCCUCCCGGACCAGGACUCGUUCUACGAUGUGACAGACUGCCUGGAGCAGCAGGGGAUGGAGUGCAUUGUGCAGCGCCACAUGCACAACAAAGGCCUGGAUCCUGACGUGAAGCAGCAGUUUACAAUCUACGAAAGCUCGCUCAGACACGAAGACGGAGUGGAAGAGCUGCCGCCGGGGGCGCGCAAGGAGCGGCGGAAAACAGAUGAGAACCGGCGGGGCCGGCGCUCCCUGGGUGGCAACGUAGAUGCUGGAGCCGGUGCAAGCUCCCCAAGCCCAGCCGUGGAGGACAACAAGCUGCCUGAGCCCUCCAGCCCUCCAAGGGAACCCACUGCCGAGACAGGGACGGAGAGCGGCCCAGCUCCGCCCUGCUUCGAGAGUGUUUACAACAGCACAUCCAACGUGCGGCUCUCUGCGCCGGCCUCCCCGGAGGAGAGGGAGCACCCCAGCCUGGGGGAGAGGAGCGUUUUCAAAGCUCGCUUCUUGGAAAACCUGGCUUCAUCCCAAAAGGAGAAGCUGUCUGCGAUGUCCAAGGGGCGGCUUGACAUCCUCGCUGAAGCCAUUCCAGGGGGCGGCCAGCUCAGCCCAGAGCCACCCCCAGCAGCCUCUGCCCAGCGCCACCGAGCGGCUGGGGACCAGCCGAGCCAGGCAGAGCUGCAAGGCAGUCAGGACCUGGAGAACGCCAGGCCCCGUGGCAAGGCCCCUGACGGGCAGGUCUCUGGCGCCCGGACCCGGCUCCCGCGCACCCAGUCCAGCGUCGAGGCAGAAGCCAAUGCUCAGAACGUGGAGCGGGCCCUCCUGACCCCGUUUAAAAAGGACUUUGAGUUCAUGUGGGAUCGUCUGGAGGCCGGCCCCAUGCUGCUGAAGAUCAAAGACCUGGACUUCUCAGACCUGGGUGAAGAGGAAGAUUUUGAUGCCUUAGAGCAAGGGGCAGUAGGAAAUGACUCUUUCCAUGUGCCUCCUCCACCACCUCCUGGCACUGGGGCACUGACUGCAGGAGGCCUCCUGGCUCCCCCACCACCACCACCCCCACCUCCUAGCUGUCCCCCACCCCCCGGCUGUCCUCCGCCCCCACCACCCCCUGUUCCUGGCUGCCCACCCCCUCCUGCGUUGCUGGGCCCCCCUGCGCCAGAUGGCCGUUCCCCUGCCAAGAAGAAGAAGACGGUGAAGCUCUUCUGGAAGGAGCUGAAACACCCCAGUUCCCGUGCUGGGGCUGGCCGGUUUGGCCGGAGCACCGUGUGGGCGUCCCUGGAGAGAGUGGAGAUUGACGCGGCCAAGCUGGAGCAUCUCUUUGAGUCCAGAGCGAAGGAAGUGCUGAGUUCCAAGAAAGCUGCUGACGGGAAGAAGUGCACGGUGAUCCUCGACCCCAAGAGGAGCAAUGCCAUUAACAUCGGCCUGACGGUGCUGCCGCCCGCUCACAUCAUCAAGACGGCCAUUCUCAACUUCGACGAGUUCGCCAUUAACAAAGAAGGGAUUGAGAAAAUCCUGACCAUGGUUCCCACCGACGAAGAGAAGCAGAAGAUCCAGGAGGCGCAGCUCGCCAAUCCCGACGUCCCCCUGGGCUCAGCCGAGCAGUUCCUGCUCACCCUCUCCUCCAUUAGCGAGCUCACGGCUCGGCUCCAGCUGUGGGCGUUCAAGCUGGACUAUGAGAGCAUGGAGCAGGAGAUCGCGGAGCCUCUGUUUGACCUGAAAUUGGGGAUGGAACAGCUGGCCAAAAACCAGACCUUCAGGUGUAUCCUGGCUACUCUGCUGGCCAUGGGGAACGUCCUCAACGGCUCCCAGAGCCGGGGCUUCGAGCUCAGUUACCUGGAGAAGGUCUCGGAGGUGAAGGACACCGUGCACCGGCAGUCUCUGCUGCACCACCUGUGCCACGCGGUGGUGGAGAGGUUCCCCCAAACCAGCGACCUCUACUCGGAGAUCGCAGCCAUCACCCGCUCAGCCAAGGUUGACUUUGACGAGCUGGCGGAAAGCCUGAGCCAGCUGGAGCGACGGUGCAAAGCAUCAUGGGACAGCCUGAAGGCCAUCGCCAAGCACGAGACCAAACCGGGCCUGAAGAGCAAGCUGAUGGACUUCCUGAAGGACAGCUCCCGGAAGAUCCACGUUCUGAAGGUGGUGCACAGACGCAUACUCCACAGGUUCCGCUCCUUCCUGCUGUUCCUGGGCUACCCGCCGGCGGCCGCGCGGGACAUGAAGGUGACGGGGUUCUGCCGGCUCCUGCGGGAGUUCGCCCUGGAGUACCGCACGUGCCGAGAGCGCGUCCUGCAGCAGCAGCGCAAACGGGCCGCGCACCGCGAGAGGAACAAGACCCGGGGCCGGAUGAUCACGGAGAUGGAGAGAUUCUCCGGCAUGGCCGACAGCCCUGAGGCAAACCCCUCUCCAGCCACGGGGUCGGCCUGCCCAGAGCAGCAGGCGGAUGCAGGCCACGAGACCAUGAAGAGUGUGUUGAGCUCGGCUGUGGAGCCCCACAGCCGGCGCAGCAGGGCCAGCCGAGGCGUGGGUCGGUCAAGCCCCUCCAGCGGCUCCGUGCCCCAGGACGACAGCUCCGGCUCCCCGGCCGACGCCUCGGAUGAAAUUAUGGAUCGCCUUGUGCAGUCCGUCACCCACAGCGCCGGCCCGCGGCCGGGCGCUGCCAAGGAGCGCAAGAGGUCACGUGUCAGCAGGAAGUCCAUGCGGCGGACUCUGAAGAGCGGCCUGAGCGAUGACGUGGUGCAGGCCCUGGGCCUGGCGCAAGCUCCUGGCGUGCAAGUGUGACGGUUGCCGUGGCCAGCGGAGCCGCUGCGGAAGGAGCCUGCCUAGAGCCCGCGAUGCCCCACUCCCCGGACCUAGCGGGGCCGUGAACGUGCUGAGCGGGAGCCCGGCCGGCCCAGCCCCGCGCUCUGCGGCCUGGAGGAAGGCAGUCGCUGGGCAGGGCCGGUGCUUGGGGAGCACCGAGCCUCUGC